UGGCCCUCUAUAAAUACAAAUCAUCUCCUCAGGUGAGGAUCUUACCUUUGCUUCUGCUUCAGAUUUUCGUUCCUCAAGAGGAACUCCAAAUCUCUCUUUGGAACUUCAAUCGAUCAGCUCUUCGAAUGACAAUGUCCAAUCAAGCUGAAUCCUCCGACUCCAAGGCGGCGAAGAAGGACUUCAGCACCGCCAUUCUGGAGCGGAAGAAGGCCCCCAAUCGCCUCGUUGUUGAUGAGGCCGUCCACGAUGACAACUCCGCGGUCGCCCUGCACCCUGACACCAUGGAGAAGCUCCAGCUCUUCCGCGGUGAUACUAUCCUGAUUAAGGGAAAGAAAAGAAAGGAUACCGUUUGUAUCGCACUCGCUGAUGAAACUUGUGAGGAACCAAAGAUCAGAAUGAACAAGGUGGUGAGGUCUAACCUGAGGGUUCGACUUGGAGAUGUUGUUUCUGUGCAUCAGUGUGCUGAUGUCAAGUAUGGAAAGCGUGUGCACAUUCUUCCUGUUGAUGACACAAUUGAAGGGGUUACUGGAAAUCUUUUUGAUGCCUACUUGAAACCUUACUUCCUGGAGGCAUACCGUCCUGUGAGAAAGGGCGAUUUCUUCCUUGUGAGAGGGGGAAUGAGGAGUGUGGAGUUCAAGGUUAUUGAAAGUGACCCUGCAGAGUACUGUGUUGUUGCCCCGGACACAGAGAUCUUCUGUGAGGGUGAACCUGUGAGGAGGGAGGAUGAGAACAGAUUGGAUGAGGUUGGUUAUGAUGAUGUUGGUGGUGUUAGGAAGCAGAUGGCUCAGAUUCGGGAAUUAGUUGAGCUUCCGCUAAGGCAUCCGCAGUUAUUCAAAUCCAUUGGAGUCAAGCCACCCAAAGGAAUCCUUCUCUAUGGACCUCCUGGUUCUGGUAAGACCCUUAUUGCUAGGGCCGUGGCUAAUGAAACUGGUGCAUUCUUCUUCUGCAUCAAUGGUCCUGAGAUCAUGUCGAAAUUGGCUGGUGAGAGUGAAAGCAACCUCAGAAAAGCAUUUGAGGAAGCAGAGAAAAAUGCUCCAUCCAUUAUAUUUAUUGAUGAGAUUGAUUCAAUUGCUCCUAAAAGAGAGAAGACACAUGGUGAAGUCGAGAGGAGGAUUGUUUCACAACUGCUGACACUCAUGGAUGGUCUGAAGUCCCGAGCCCAUGUUAUUGUCAUUGGGGCCACAAAUCGUCCCAACAGCAUUGACGCAGCUCUCAGAAGAUUCGGAAGAUUUGAUCGGGAGAUUGAUAUUGGAGUUCCUGAUGAAGUUGGACGCCUAGAAGUCCUUCGAAUCCAUACGAAGAACAUGAAGCUUUCUGAAGAUGUUGAUUUGGAAAGGAUUGCAAAGGACACACAUGGUUAUGUUGGUGCUGACCUUGCUGCUCUCUGUACUGAAGCGGCACUCCAGUGCAUCAGGGAGAAGAUGGAUGUGAUCGAUUUGGAGGAUGAAACUAUUGAUGCGGAGAUACUAAACUCAAUGGCCGUAACAAAUGAGCACUUUCAGACUGCUCUUGGAACAAGCAAUCCAUCUGCCCUUCGUGAAACUGUUGUUGAAGUUCCUAAUGUCAGCUGGAAUGAUAUUGGUGGCCUUGAGAAUGUCAAGAGAGAGCUUCAAGAGACCGUUCAGUAUCCAGUGGAGCAUCCUGAGAAAUUUGAGAAGUUUGGGAUGUCACCUUCGAAGGGAGUUCUCUUCUAUGGUCCUCCUGGGUGUGGGAAGACCCUUCUUGCCAAAGCCAUUGCCAACGAGUGUCAAGCAAACUUCAUCAGUGUUAAGGGCCCUGAGCUGCUGACUAUGUGGUUUGGAGAGAGUGAGGCCAAUGUGCGUGAAAUAUUUGACAAGGCUAGAGGAUCGGCUCCCUGCGUUCUAUUCUUUGAUGAGCUAGACUCAAUUGCUACACAGAGAGGAAGCAGUGUGGGAGAUGCUGGGGGAGCUGCUGAUCGGGUUCUUAACCAACUUCUAACUGAGAUGGAUGGAAUGUCUGCGAAGAAGACAGUGUUUAUCAUCGGUGCCACCAACAGGCCCGACAUCAUUGACCCUGCCCUUUUACGUCCGGGUCGUCUUGAUCAGUUGAUCUACAUUCCCCUUCCUGAUGAGGAAUCUCGGUACCAGAUUUUUAAGGCUAACCUGAGGAAAUCCCCAGUCUCAAAAGAUGUCGAUCUUAGGGCCCUAGCCAAGUAUACUCAGGGCUUCAGUGGGGCUGAUAUCACUGAGAUAUGCCAGCGAGCCUGCAAGUAUGCCAUAAGGGAGAACAUUGAGAAGGACAUUGAGAGGGAAAGGAGGAGAAACGAGAACCCCGAGGCAAUGGAGGAGGACAUGGAUGACGAAGUUGCAGAGAUCAAGGCUGCUCACUUUGAGGAGUCGAUGAAGUAUGCCAGGAGGAGUGUGAGUGACGCUGAUAUCAGGAAAUACCAAGCGUUUGCCCAAACACUGCAGCAGUCGAGAGGGUUUGGUAGCGAGUUCAGGUUUGCCGAGACAGGCUCGGCACCCGCGGCAUCUGAUCCUUUUGCUUCCUCUGCGGGGGCUGCAGAUGAUGAUGACCUAUACAGUUGAAGGGUCUCGCCUUUCAUUAUUGCUAAUUAAUCAAUCAAUUUAUAAAAGACGGUUUUCUUUAUAGGAACACGAUGUACUUUUGGAUGAAUUCAUUCAGGUGGGGAUGGGCCCGAAUUGUGAGCUGAAGGAGACUGCCUUAGGUUGGGCGGGUUGGUUUCGUGUUUGGGUUUAUCCAAAGCUUCUGAUUCAAGAUGUUGAGAUUUACUCGUUCAUGUGUCUUGUCAUUGGGGAUUUUCGAUUUCUUUGUCUGCGUUUUAGCCAUUUUGAAAGGAAAAUGGUUUCCAACGAAUAGUGGAAGGCACAAGACCACAUAUCUUCCAUUA